AGUUGUUUGAGCUUUAACAAAGUUUUAGUUUCUUUCCGAUGGGGUUCUGUCCUUAUGCAAAAAACUCUGUGGCUUAAGUUCGCCCUAGAAAAGCUCUCUGUCCUGAUUUUCGAGGCCGCGCCGCAACCGUUCUUCCUCGACGCCGGUCGUGCCCCUGGCCGCCGGCGUCGGGUCCUCUGCUCAGCCUGCUUCUCUUCACCGCUCUCUGCUCUUUCCAUCGUCAUCUCCAACUUCAAUUCUUGUGUCUUCGUCGUCUCUUACGCAAUGGUUUCCACGAAUCGCUUCACCGUCGCCGUCUCUCAUCCUCCGCUCGUCACCGCUCAUCCUCUCGUCAUCUCUCAUCCUCUCAAAGCGAACAGGAGCACCGGAUCUAGAACCACCAGAUCUGCUCAUUUUCUCGGAACCGUGAAGUCUCCGCUUGGUGUACAGCCAGAGCCUCCUCUCCUCCAUCACGUCUCUUCACCAUCUCAACCUUUUGAACCCCUGGUCAUAUAUUCCCUCAGACAGCUUCAUCCCAACAGAUCUCUUGACGUGAGCUUUCAAAGUUUUGUAAUGGGCUUGCGGUUUAGCUCAGGUCUCGAUGAGAGCUAUGGAUUCCAAUACGGUAAUAUUGGAGUUCACUUUCUCAGUUUGAUCUCAGUUCGCAUCCUCUCAUGGAAUAUCGUCAAGAGCAUCGCCCCACCUCCGCCGUCUCGCCUCGUCACUCCAUUCCCUUCCGAGAUCUGCUGCUACUCCACCGCUAGCUUCACUCAUCCGUCGCAUCUCAACGCCGAUACAGCUUAUGGACUCUCCGACAUAUGUUUUUGGCUGGGCCUAGCCCAUUUAUUGGUUUGUGAAGGGCUUUUACUAAAGUCCACUCAUUCAUGGCCCACAAAGAACUUCCCUAUGUCGGAUGUUAUAAAAUUGAGACAUCGCUCCUCAUCUGAAGCAUCAUGCCGGUCUACGGUUUGUCGUCUUGUCUCGUACAGGGUUCACCUAGCCCCAAGCUGUGACGUUGUACAGGGUUCACCUAGCCCAAGUUUCAUGAGUAUUAGAUUCAAAUCUAGGCAAAGGAGGCCUUUCUCUAUGGCUUUUAGCUAUGUUUCUGGAGUCACUCACCUGUUCUUGCCGCCAAUCAGUCCUUAUCUUCGACAAAGUUCCAUUGAGAACUCGGGACGAGCUCAGCCUCCACUGUUCCAAGACAAUUAUUUUUUAGUUGAAGCAAAGGAGAGUGUGUCAUCACCAGUGUUUGUGUCUGCCAACCGUUUCAAAACCCUCUCAAUAGGGCCCCUCAUCGUCGGUUUCAUAUCCCGACUUCAGUAUGUUCUUGGAACAUCAGUUUCAGGGUCUCAAGUGAAGCAUCUUUAUGGGUAUCUUCACCCCUUUAACACCUCUAUCACUCGUAUUGUUGUAGUAGUUUUCGUUUAUCGUUUGGCCGUCGAGUUUACCUCCGGUUGUAGUUGUUUAAUCCUUUUGGAUAUUUAAGUUUAAUAUAAGAGUUUCCGUGACAAAAAAAAAAGUUUCUUUCCGAUGAUGUCUUUAACUAUUUGGGCUUCUUUGGCACAUGGAUGCUUCAUGGAUUCCUUCAUUUUCAGAAUAUACACGUUUUUCUCCUUGAGAAUGACAAAAAUAUAAACUCUUCGUAUUGCUUUUACACCAUAUAAUUUUACGGAACUCACACGAUAUACAUAACAAAAUAUUAAAUGACAGUAAUCUUAUAAAUAUGUAUAUAAACAUGUUUUAAGUAUCAAACUGAUUUUACUUUUAAUUAAGCUGAAUAACUAGUUUAAUUUUUUAACUGUUAUAUCAAUAAAUUUUUACUAGCGAUAAAAUUGAUCUAGAAAGAAUGACAAUAAAUCAAUGACAAUAAAUUAUUACUUGUCAAAUGAGCCAAAGGUUGAUAAAAGUCAGCAAAAAUAAGCAAAAAUUAAGAAAAAUUCAUAUAAAUAAUUUUAUAUACUUCUAUCAACCUUUGGCUCAACGUCUCUCGUAACAAUAGGUACAUCUCUUUGCUUUUCUACCUUCUCUUUCUUGCUUUUGAUUUUUUUUGUCAUUAUUUAAAUGUAAAAAAUCUUUUUAAAAAACCAUAAGUUGAAAAACUUGUUUUAUUUUAACUAAUUUAUCAAUAAUUAUUACUAGUGAUAAGUUGAAACAAAAAUAACAAAAAAGUCAGCAAAAAUAAGCAAAAAUUGAGAAAAAUUCAUAUAAAUAUUAAAUUUUAUCACAUUUGCUAAUAUACUGGUUUUAAUUGUAUUCACUAAAAUUGGGAGAUUCCAUACAUUUGCCUCGUAAAAAUGUUUCAAAGUAUGUAUUUUCCUUGGAUAAACUACACAUUUAUUUAAUUUCUUCCAAAUUAACUAUAUGUUUCGUGGAUGAUGACAAUGCACUAAAACAACUUAUUUUGAGGAAAUAUAUAAAAUUACUUAGUCAAAAAAAUUAGAUCAGUGAUAGUUAAUUUAUCUUAGUAUACUAGUAUUAUUAAUGAUGACGUUUUACACUUGUUGUUUUUCUUCUUAUUUCUAAGCUAAUCUACAUUACUACCUGAGAUGUGAAUAAAUAAUGGAGAUCAUGCUUUUGAAAGAUAUUAUACUAUAUGUUUUGGAUACCAAUAUGUUGGUAGUAUUUUUAAUGAUGGGUAGAACUGUUUAUUUCCACUUGCCAGACUUCUAGUGUAUAAAAAAUAUUGCAUGUACAAACAUGUGGACUAAUCUAAGGAUUAUGGGAUGAUACAUCACAUACUAUUUUCGACUAACAGAUAAACUAAUUGUUUCAUGAUUUACAAGUUCAUUAUAUACUAAACACUGGUUUUUACAUGUUUUAGGUCUCGGUCUAUUCACUUUUCAGGUGUUCCUUUAUCCAUCAGCCGAGAGACUACUAGGACCCGCGCAGCUCAACCAUUUAGCUGGGGAACUGAUGAUACCUGUUCAGUUGAGCUAUCCCUUUAUAGCUCAUCUCUCAGGUGUCAGUCGAAGCAUACUAUUGAGCUUUGCUUAUAUCCUAGUAAAUGUAUUCAGUGUAAGUCAUUUUCUUUCCUUCUUCAUUGCACAUGUUAAUACAUUGCUUUGACACAUUUGAUUUCUGCGUGUAGGUCUCUGCCAUAACCGGCAUGGUGAUUCUGCAAAACAGAGCCGUGGUAUGAUUCUUCAUCUUUUCCAGUUUUGUUUUAACUAAUUAAUAACUCUCUAACUCUUACGAAACAACAUGAUCAACACUAGAGAGGUUAUUGCAGUGCUGUGUUCAACGCUCUGUUUGGCAUGAGCACCAACAUAUGGAUGGCCAUUGCGACUAGGUUUAUGCUUGGCAGCUUUAACUGCCUUCUUGGAACCUUGAAGGUUGACACUAUUAACUCUUAGCCUAGUAUAUAUAUAUAUAUAUAUUUGUUCUUCAUACAUUGUCUUUUCUAAUAUCACUAGUGUAAUUUUUUGCAGGCAUAUGCUACGGAGAUCUUCCGUGAAGAGUACCAAGCAAUGACAAUGUCAGCGGUCAACACAGCUUGGGAAUUGGCCUAAUCAUUGGCCCAGCUCUAGGAGGAUUUUUAGUACAUGUAAAGUUUUAUCACAUUAUCUGUCUAAAUACUUGAACCCUGUCCAUCUCUCCUUCGGAUCAUUUUUUACUGUCUGAUUAAUGCACAUUCAUUGUACAGAACUUCUUAGUCUCUUACAUGUUUCUGUUUUCACAGAUUGAAGACUUCGGUGUUGCCAAGACAGAGAAAGACAUUGGAUAUUAUGUUGGCUUUAUAGGUAAGAUUAUAACUUGUAUGUUUGGACGAGCACUGACAUCAAUUUUCUGGGGAAUAAUGUCGGAUCGAUAUGGAAGAAAGCCUAUCAUUUUCUUGGGCUAUAAGUAACAAUGACAUUACCAAGUUCAGGGAUCUCUCAUGUUUGUUGCCUCUGUAUUUUGGUUGCUAGUGAAGUUGUAAUGGCUUUCUGAGCACGAACACAAUGUUGUGAAUAUCAUUAAACAUAUUAAAGAAGAUGUACCUUAGGAUUUCCGGUUUCUUUAUCUUGUCUGAAUGAAGUUAUCAAUUUGCUAUUUUAUCAAUAAUUAUUACUAGUGAUAUAAUUGAAACAAAAAUAAUGAAAACAAAUCGACAAAAUAAGUAAAAAUUAAGCAAAAAUAAGUAAAAAUGCAUAUAUAUAAUAAAUUUAUCAUAUUUAUCAAUAUAGUGGUUUUCACUAAAUUCACUAAAAUUGGGAGAUUUCAUAAAUUUACCUUGUAAAAUGCUUUAAAGUAUGUAUUUUCCUAGGAUAAACUAUGCAUUUAUGUAUUUUCUUCCAAAUUAAUUAUGUGUUUAGUGGAUGAUGACAAUACAUUCAAACAACUCUUUUUGAGAAAUAUAUAAAGUAAACCAAUUAAGUAAAUUCAUCACUUAGUCAAAAGUUAUAAAGUUAAAAUUAAAUCAGUGAUAUUUAAUUUAUCUAGUUAUUCUAAUAUUUUUAAUGAGGAGUAAAAUUUAAGGAAAUGAAAAAUUAUAUAAGGAUAUUUAGUUUAUUUUACAUAAAACAUUGUUUAUUCUUAUUAGAGAGAGUUAUAUGUUGUUUGGCGUUUACACUUGUUGUUUUCUUCUUAUUUUCAAGCUAAUCUACUCCCCGAGAUGCGCAUAACAAUGGAGAUUAUGCUUUCGAAAGACAUUAUAUUAUGUGUUUUGGAUACUAAUAUAUGUUGGUAGGUUGACAUAUCAUACUAUUAAUAAAAUGUUAUAAUUUGAUUAGUCAUGGCUAAGACGAAAAUUGCGACUCAAUGCCACAUGACUAAACUUGUCAAAUGAUUAAACGACUGAUGAUUAGACAAAACUUUGAUUUAAAUAAAAUAAAAACAAUACUACUAUUUAUCUCAUUUAGUAAACAAUCAAAUAAAUUAGUUAAAUACUAUAGAUUAUUAUCUCAUAUAGUCUCCUCGGUAACCCGGUCUCUAAACAUCAAAACAAGUAUAGAAAAGUGGUAAACAGAAAGAAACUAGCGAAUGAGAGAACAUAUCACGGCCCACUAAGUUAGUAAACCCCAAUGGGAUUUGGCAAGAUGAAAACUAUUGCACACAAUAUUUACUUCAGUGACAAUUGACACGAUAGAGUGGAAUUGUUAAACCAAAUAGGAUCAAACUUCAUCAUUGCUAAUUAGAAAUCGUUUUAAAACUGCGAUUAAUGGGUUGCACAAAGUCCUUGCGAUUGUGGGAGACGAACGUGAGCACAAUGCAUAAUUAGCAAAGAAAUUUCGAUGGCUAACCCCUAAAAUAAAAUUGAUUAAUAUUAUGUGAAUGCAAUGCGCCACUGAUACUAACUACACAGAAUUGAUCUUUAGCCUAGAGUCCAAAAAAGUUUUGCUUCAUACAGCCGCAGGCUUUGUGUUGCUGUAUUCUUUCGAUGUGGGACUAGUUAGCUAAUAACUCAGCUUAGUAUACGUUAGGCUUUAAGUAAAUUCAAACGUUGUCCAUGAUAAUGUUUUCUAGCCCUCUAAGCCAUACAAAUUUCGAUUUAGGAACAAAAGUUUGAAGCUUAUGGAUUGUUAGAGUUGAUCUCAUAUGAGACAGACAACUCUCCAAAAAUAGGUGUAUGCCGCUUGGUACGACAAGCCCACGGUAUUCUUUAGUAAAAGGCGAAAGUUCACUAUGUGCUUAUCGCACGGCUCCGUGAGCUCUCCUUAAAGGCUCUCUCGAUAUUAUAUAUGUCUAGCUCUCAGUGUCCUGCUCUGUACAUUUACGAUGUGGGACUAAAAACGCUAUGCAUAAAAAAAUUGCUUCUCUCAUUUCUCUGUCGAUAUUGCAGUCUCAACGCAUGUCAUUAAAUCAAAUUGAAUAAUACAUGUGUGUGCUGUUUUUACUAUUUUUCGAUUUCCCCUUUUUGUAGUUGUGAUGUCACUUAGAUCUAAAUUUAGAAUUCACGGAGUAGGGACGAUAGAAUUCAUAUAGUACAAAACUUUCCUUUGUACUAGGCUACAAGCUGAGAAGUACAAUGUCGACAUUUCUUUUAUCAAUUAUUUUUGCUUUUAUCAAUUUUUGUAGUACACAAAGUCUCUUGUUUCACUUGUACUAUAAAAGACUCAACUGACUGCAACAUAAACUUGGCCCUUGUACUACAAUUUUCUGUGGUAUAUUAUUGUGUGUACUACCCAAUCCUUUCGUAAUGUGUGUAUUUAUAGUUCCCAUAGGAACCAAAUCUCAAAUUGUAAUAAUAUCAAUUAUUGCUAAAGUGAAGAGAGGGAAUAUCUUCAAGGUCACCCCUGCUGAGCUCCUUCUCUACCCUCCAUCUUUAUCAAACGCUCGGUCGCUUCAUUAAUUCACCAAAUGGUAAGUUUCUAUGUAGAUUACAUCUUUGUAGUGUUACAAAUUACAAGUACAAAUAUAAUAACUCUUUGUAAUCUUACGUACCUAUGUAUGAUAUAUGAUUUUGAAUGGUUAAGGAUCUACUACUUUAACUGUCUUGCUCUUUGUCCUUCAACAAGAUAGACUGCCGAAGACACAGAUGAAGAAAGAAACCCACAAUGAGUUCCAUCAAAAUGUUUGUGAUGCUAUUUCUUAGCUUCAGGGAUAAAUGUUAAAGAAAGCUAACCUCACGGAGGAGGCGGAGAGCGGCGGGACGAGUGAACUUCCGUGCAAAGAGGAAACACGGUGCCGGUUUCCCUUUACUAGUACACCAUUCUCGCCUGUAUUCCGUCUCAUAGUUGAUAUUGUCGAUUCCCUAUGAGUCCAAUAUGUUUUGUUAGAGUUUAUUUUCCUGUUUUAAGCUUGUAAAAGAGUUUAAAGCCAGAGAAAACGAAGGUACAUGUUGUGAUGGGAAGAAAUUCUUACUUAUGCCAAAUAGAAUGUUGCUCAACAGUUCUAAUA